AUGUUGAAACCAAAAGCAUUAACCGAAGUACUUGGACAGGUGAAUACGCCAAACACGAAAAGUGGUGCUCUCCUGCUGAAUCGUGAAGGUUUACUGCUAGCCUACAGUGGUUAUGAUAGUGUUGGAGGAAAUGAUGCAAAUGCAACCGUAUCUGCUGCUUUGAUUUCCAAUAUUUGGGAAACUUUCGAGAGACAAGGAGUCAGAGAAAAUUUAACGGAAAUGUUGCUAGAAUGUGAAAAUGGGGUGAUUGCCGUCACACGUAUAGCCAACAUGCUUCUAGCAAUAAAAGUAGGGAGUGAAGUACCACUUGGCCUGCUUAGGGCAAAACUUCGUGCACUUGCCGAGUACCUUUAUACACCACUAACUGUUGUUUCUUCUAAAGAUUGA